AUGGAUUCGCAGUCCCAGAGCUCUUCAAUGGCCUCUCUUGCCUCCCAAAUUUGCAAUCACAUAGCCUCCAUCUUCACUAAACCAACCCACCCACACCCGCCAGUCUUAGACCUUUUGGUCAACGAGCUAUCUUCUGCAGCGGCCAGAAACGGCGGCGUCUUCCUUUACGGAGUGGGCCGAGAGGGCCUAAUGCUGAAGGCUCUGUGCAUGCGGCUGGCCCACCUCGGCCUCUCGGCUCACAUGGUCUUCGACAUGACGACUCCCCCAAUCUCCACCACCGAUCUACUCAUCGCCUCUGCGGGUCCAGGUGGAUUCUCCACAGUGGAAGCCAUUUGCUCCGUGGCAAGAUCGCACGGUGCUAGAGUCCUGCUGCUAACUGCCCAGCCGGAGACGGGAUCCUGUGUGAAGCACGCUAGCGUGGUGGGUUACGUGCCAGCGCAGACCAUGGCAAAUGAUGCGGAUGCUGGUGAAGUGAUGGAAUCUCUGCCGUCGCUUCCUAUGGGGAGCGUGUACGAAGGGGCCUUGUUCGUGUUGUUUGAGAUGGUGGUGUAUAAGUUGGGUGAGGCCUUAGGUCAGACCUCCCCUGAGGCCAUACGAGCUCGCCACACCAAUCUCGAAUGA